GAUGAUUGUAUGCUUUCUUCCAUCCAGGUCAUUGAUAAAAAUGUAAAACCGUGUAGGGCCAACAAGCAAUCCCUGCGGGACUCCAUUUGAAACACACCCACUUGGUUUAGGAGAUUGUUCCUGGAAGAGAUGGAAAGGAGACCUGAAAGUGGAGAGUGUCUCCUGGCUGGAAUUCCAGGCAAGCCACUUGAGUCAAAUUCAGAUGAUGAUAGUGGUAAUGCAGGCUCAGCGAAAGAGAGAGCUGUAUCAUCGGCUCACAAGGACUUGGGAAAUGCACAGCUUAAUCCUAGCAGAGAAGAACCCAGAAAGAAACUCUGUGGCUAUUUAAAUAAACUUGGGGUCAGGGGGCCAAUCAAGGCCUGGAAGUCUCGUUGGUUCUUUUAUGAUGAAAAUAAAUGUCACUUGCUGUACUGCAGGACAGCUCAAGAUGUUAACCCUUUGGGGAGCAUUGAUCUCUCCAAUGCUGGUUUUGAUUGCAAGGUGGAAGCAGAUGAAGGGGUUUUUGAAAUCCAAACUCCAAGCAGAGUGUUUAUUCUUAAGGCAGUCAGCAGACAGGCCAUGAUGUUCUGGCUGCAGCAGCUGCAGAUGAAGCGUUGGGCGUUUUGCAAUACCCUGACUGGGCUUCCUGUGGACAGCGUCACUGUGGCAGCCCUGCCUGCGAAUGAAUUUCUGCUCAAUGAAAUCAUUCACACUGAAGGUGAGGGGUUCUUUCCCCCUGUGAAAACCCCUACAGACGUGGUAGGUUUAAAGGCAGCCUCUCUGCCCGCUCCCCAGCUGCCUGCUGCCCUCCAAAACAUCUCCCUCAAGCACCCUUGGACUGAAUUACAAAAUACAAUCUACAAUAUCUGUGGCACCAGGCAGCUCCCGGGGAAUGGCAGGAACAUCUCUGGUGUUGAGGGAUUCCCGGAGCACCCUGGGACUCUGGCGGCGGAACAAGAGGUGGAAGGGGAGGCAGAAUGUUCAGUCAGAGAGAAGGCCCGAGAGGACACGCAGGCUGGGCCCAGGUCACACUUGCCUAGGAAAGCCAAGUGGCUGAACAGCGGUUUCCCUGCCUUCGCUGAAGGGUUGGCCCGUGAGAGAAGCUCCCCUGAGAAGGUGGCUGUUCUACAGCAGCAGGUCCUGACGCUCACAGAAGAAAUCAAGUCUCAGAAGGAGCUGGUUACGCUUCUCCACAAGGCUCUGGAGGCUGCGCAGCAGGAGAAGAGAGCAUCCAGCAGGUACCUGACUGCUGCAGAAGAUAAAGACCGGCUAGAGCUGGUGCGGCACAAAGUGAGGCAAAUUGUUGAGCUCAGCAAUCGGGUGGAAGCCCUGGAAACCAACAAGAAGGAGCUGGAGCAGAGCCUGGCUCUGAGGGACAACCGUGUGGAGGAGCUGCAGAAGCACGUGCAGCUCCUGAUGGACAAGAACUAUGCCAAGCAGCAAGUCAUCCUGAAGCUCACAGAGCAGAUUGCCCUGGAUCUCUCUGAGCCCGUGCAAGAGGCUGAUGCUGUUGCUGCAGAUACCUUGCACAAGCAGCAGGAGGAGAUUGAGCAUUUGAAGGAUGACCUAGAUGCCUACAGAACUCAGAACCAGUUCCUCAACUCAGAGAUCCACCAGGUCACAAAGCUCUGGAGAAGCAUUGCCGAGAAGGAGAAAGUCUUGCUGAUGAAGUGUGCCUGCCUGCAAGCCCGCAGCUGCCAGGUGGAGAGCAAAUACCUGAUGAUGUUGCGGAGGCUGCAGGAGGCCUCCCCUGACCUGGCCAGUGGAGAUGCCGAGCUGGUGAAGAGCCUGAUCCAGGAGGCACUGCAGUGGGAUGCGAAGGAGGAAGCAAUGGAGGCUCUUCAGCUGAACCCUGUCAGAGAGUAUGACGACUACGGGUUUAUGACCAUUCCCAAAUACGAGGUUGAGGACUGGAAGCUUCUGGCUAAAAUCCAAGCCCUAGAGAUCAGAUCCAACAACCUGCUGAGCCACAUGGUGGUGGAGAAGCCUCUUCAUGAGAGAUGGGCCGGUAUGGUUGAGUUGAGCCCCUCUGCAGAGCUGAAAGGCUUGAUCCGCUGCGGCAUCCCUAUGGAGCACCGCCAAAGGGUCUGGAAAUGGAUAGUGAGCCAGCACCUGUCCCACCACCGCCUCGCCAACCACUACGAGAGCCUGCUGCGGCAGGGCAAGUGCACGGAGCACCCUGCCUUCCGGCAGAUCGAGCUGGACCUGCCCCGCACCCUGACCAACAACAGGCAUUUCACAUCUCCCACCUCCCAGCUCAUCCCCAAGCUCCGAAGGGUGCUGCUGGCCUUCUCCUGGCAGAAUCCCGCCAUCGGCUACUGCCAGGGGCUAAACAGGUUGGCAGCCAUUGCCCUCCUGGUCCUAGAAGAGGAGGAAAGCGCAUUCUGGUGCCUGGUUCACAUUGUGGAAAACCUGAUGCCGGCGGAUUACUACAGCGACACGUUAAUAGCAUCACAGGUGGAUCAAAGAGUCUUUAAAGACUUCUUGUCAGAAAAGCUCCCCAGGCUUACAGCUCACUUUGAGCAGCACAGGAUUGAUGUCUCACUGAUCACCUUCAACUGGUUCCUGGUGGCCUUCGUAGACAGCCUGGUCAGUGACAUCCUCCUCCGGGUCUGGGACGCCUUCCUGUACGAAGGAACAAAGGUGAUUUUCCGCUAUGCUCUUGCCAUCUUUAAGUAUAACGAAGAGGAGAUUCUGCAGAUCCAUGACAGCCUGGAGGUUUACCAGUACCUUCGCUUUUUCACCCACAUGAUUGGAGAUGGCAGGAAGCUGAUGAGCAUCGCUUUCAGUGACAUGAAUCCCUUCCCAAUGAAGGUGCUGCGGAACCGGCGAGCGACACACCGGGUGGAGCUGGAGGCAGAGCUGAGCAAGCUGGAGCGGAUCAAGGCGCAGUACGUGAAAGAGCAAGCAGAGCAGGUGACCUGGUGCCUGGAUGGAGCCGUUAGCGAGGAGGAGGAGGAGAUGUAGCCAGAGAAGUGGCUGCUGUCCUGCGCCUGAAUCCCUGGUCCUGGAGCUCUGCAAUAGCAUCGCUCUCCUUUCUAAGAGAGAUGGAAAAUCCUGAGGCGAGCAGGGCCAGCGGAGAGGGUAGGCACAGUGCUUCUGAGGAGCUCAGCUGGGAGGACUGUGUCCUGCCCAGACCUGCUGGCUCACCGUCCACCCAGCACACAGCGGUGGAGAUGCAAGAAAGAUUCUUGGAAAGAUCCUGUCUCGCUCUCUCUGAACCAUCCCGUCCAUUCCUCCCCACCGUCUUGCUGCAGCUGCACGAGACAGGGUGCCCAACCUAUAGUCUGUGGGCUGUACAUAAGGCGCACAGCCUGCUUCAACACAAAAUACUAACAGCCAAUUCAUUAGCAUUUGGUCACGUUUAUAUCAUUUUAGUUUAGUUAUGAGUUCUGUAUGUUUUUUUUCUGUUUUCUAUAAUUCCGAUACACGUUUUAUGCACUAAUUUCUUUAUUUGUUUUUAAAUAGGUUGCUAUGUAUAGUAUUGUCUAUCUAAACACAUAUGAAACAGAAUCUCUCUGGCCCAUUCCAGGUUGUGCUUAGGUUUAUGUGGCCUUCCUGUGUAAUAAGGUUGGGAAACCAAGUGUCGCAGGAUGCUUGUUGAUUGAUCACAGGUGACUUUAAUUGUGUGCACCAUAUUGGAGGCUGGUGAGGCGCAUGUGAUCCAGAAAGCCUUCCAAUGUCUUUGAGUAUGCUCUGCUGGCAAUUUAAAGGGUGUGUGUGUAUAAUCAUAGCAAGUAUUAAGACAAAAGCACUCGCUUGAGAGUUAGUGUGUGAAGCCCCUGAAUUAGUGAAGGAGAGAGACCUGAUGGAACUCUUGAAGCUACCAUAGCAUCUUUCUGCAGCUAGUUUGCCAGGAGGUCACAUUUGAUGUUCAAGCAUGCUCGGGGUUAACCCAAUGAAACUAUGUUCCCUGGGGCUGUGCACUGAUAAUUCUACUAUGUCUUUUCUGAGAUGGGAUGACCAGAACUGAAGUUACUAUUCAAGGUGUAGCCAUACCCUGGAUUUAUAGGGUAGCAUUAUGAUUAUUUUCUAUCUUAUUAUCUCCCUGGCCUAAUGGUUCCUAAUAUUCUGUUUGCUUUUUUGACUGUUGCUGCACGUUGAGUGGAUGUUUUCAGAGAACUAUCCACAAUGACUCCAAGAUCUCUUUUUUGAGUGGUAACAGCUAAUUUAGACUCCAUCAUUUUGCAUGGGAGUAAGGACUGCAGGAUCAGGUCUUUAAAUAGCUCGGACCUUUCUCUCACUCUCCCUCCUCCACAUCUGAUCCCUGUUGCUGUAUACCCAGAGAGCUGCUGAAACCUAGCAGGGCAGGGAAGGUAUAGUGAGCCCAGGGGCAAACACUGGCUGAACAGAGGUGGGGUGCAAGGUCUACCCUUUACAAGCCCCUUUGGGACACACACAGCUCCAAAGGGGCUGGGUUGGUGACUGGACCAUGGUGCUGCUCCCUCCACCCCAGCCCAUAAGGGGAAGCAGACUCCACCGUCCCCACAGCACAGUCCCUCCCAAGAUCCCCUCUGGCUGUGGGGCUCCACACUGGCCCUUAUCCAGGGCUGAGCUAGCCCAGCCCAGAGAGGGGCUUGACCAGAUUAGGGGCCAACACACAUUUUCAAUAAAGCCAUUUCUCCCCAGGGUUUGGCAAAAGCCCUGCUCCAAAGGGGUGAAUCUGAUGUUGGGUAACAGCGAAACCCCUCCAACCCAGCAUCUGGCCAGCCUGAGCUAAGGCAUCCCCCAGAAUGAGGUUCCCGGCUUCACCCCCUAUGGUAUCCCAGCAGGUGCUGCACCUGAGACUGGCGUUCCUAGAAUGGUGGCUGUGAUAUCAGCCUCAGGCUCUGGAACCAUGGCCUCAGCAGGUCAUACAGAGAGACAGGCAGAGAUCCACGAGUUGGCCUUCGCCACUGAGGUUCAGUUCAGUGACUUGCCCAAGGUCACCCAGCAAGAUAGUGGCAGAACUAGAACUCAGGUCUCCUGCGUUCCCAGCCGGUGCUCCAGCCAAUAGGCUACACUUGAGUGUGGAGAGAGGAGAUGGCUUUUUUACACCUCAGACUUAUCAAAGGAUGUGAUUUUUGAAAAAGGAAAAUAAUAUGUCAAAAAGAAAAGGAGUACUUGUGGCACCUUAGAGACUAACAAAUUUAUUUGAGCAUAAGCUUUCGUGAGCUACAGCUCACUUCAUCGGAUGAAAAU